CGGGGACCUCCCCGCCGGGAAAGCUCGGGAGGGUCCGGGAAGACCGCGCGGACUCGGAAGCUCCCGCUACCUAGAGAGACCGGGAGCUCUAGUUCUUCCUACAGGAGGGUCGCGCGCUAUUGCGCGAAACUUGUCAGUCACUGCUUAUUGCCACGGCGAGAGGCUCCGGAAGGCCCGCCCACGGUUGCCAUGGCGGCGUUUGAGCUGCCCGGACCGGAAGCUGUGGGUCAAGGCUGGGAAAUAUACGGACACUGACCUUGCAGACUUGAUCUGGUGAUCCUGAUGAGGCCCAUCAUGCUGGGACUCCUGGGCCAUACACCCCUAGAAGACGAUGAGCCUGUCAUGGUGAAGCUGGAGGACCCUGAGGAAGAGGAAGAGGCUCCCCUGUGGGAUCUGGGACCUGAGGCUGCACGCCUGCGCUUCCGAGGAUUCUGCUAUGAGGAGGCAGUGGGUCCCCAAGCAGCCCUGACCCAGCUUCGAGAGCUGUGUCACCAGUGGCUGCAGCCAGAGUUGCACUCCAAGGAGCAGAUGAUGGAACUGCUGGUGCUGGAGCAAUUCCUGGGUGUGCUGCCCGCUGAGAUCCAGGCCCAUGUGCAGGGGCAACGGCCAAGUAGCCCCGAAGAGGCUGUUGCCUUAGUCGACAGGCUCCGUUGGGAGCUGGGCAGGCCUCGCAGAUGGGUCACAGUCCAGGUGCAGGGCCAGGAGGUCCUGUCAGAGAAGAUGGAACCUUCCAGCUUCCAGCCUCCACCUCAGUACAAGCCUCAAACUCCAGACCCUGGACCUGAAACACCUCCUGGGGCUGUGCAGGAAUUGCCACUGGGCUUUCAGGUGAAAGAGGAUCCAGAGGUUACAGAGGAGCCAGAGUUGCUGGAGUCUGAGCCUUUACCUGUGACCCAGGGGGCUGAACCCACUGUCCUACCAGAGGAGGCCCAGGGCUACAAGACUGCGCUGGAGCUGACCUCUCCCCACAGCGACACUGGCCCUGAGGGGCCCUCAUGGAGGGAGCAGCCUAGGGCCCUGUGGCAUGAGGAAGCUGGGGGCCUCUUCUCUCCAGGCUUUGCGCUCCUGACAGACGGCGACUCCGAGGGGCCGGCAGUGCUGAGCACGCAACUCCAAGUACCCUGGGACCUGGGCUGGGUCCGACCGCCCUCGCGCAACAGCGACUCCAGCGCGAACGAAGACACCUGCCCGGCUGCCGCCCCCUGGCGCCCGGUCCAGGGCGGGGGCCGGGGACGGCCAAGCUCAGGGGCCGGGCCAGGCCGGGGCGGGGGCUGCAAUGUGUGCGGAAAGGUGUUCAGCCAGCGCAGCAAUCUGCUUCGCCACCAGAAGAUCCACACGGGCGAGCGCCCCUUCGCCUGCGCCGACUGCGGCCAGCGCUUCCGCCAGCGCGCGAACCUGCUGCAGCACCAGCGCGUGCACACGGGCGAGCGCCCCUUCGCCUGCGCCGACUGCGGCCAGCGCUUCCGCCAGCGCGCGAACCUGCUGCAGCACCAGCGCGUGCACACGGGCGAGCGCCCCUUCGCCUGCGCCGACUGCGGCCAGCGCUUCCGCCAGCGCGCGAACCUGCUGCAGCACCAGCGCGUGCACACGGGCGAGCGCCCCUUCGCCUGCGCCGACUGCGGCCAGCGCUUCCGCCAGCGCGCGAACCUGCUGCAGCACCAGCGCGUGCACACGGGCGAGCGCCCCUUCGCCUGCGCCGACUGCGGCCAGCGCUUCCGCCAGCGCGCGAACCUGCUGCAGCACCAGCGCGUGCACACGGGCGAGCGCCCCUUCGCCUGCGCCGACUGCGGCCAGCGCUUCCGCCAGCGCGCGAACCUGCUGCAGCACCAGCGCGUGCACACGGGCGAGCGCCCCUUCGCCUGCGCCGACUGCGGGCAGAGCUUCCGCCAGCGCUCCAACCUCACGCAGCACCGUCGUAUCCACACUGGGGAGCGGCCCUUCGCCUGCACUGAAUGCGGUAAGGCUUUCCGCCAGCGGCCUACGCUCACGCAGCACUUGCGUGUGCACACGGGCGAGCGACCCUUUGCCUGCCCCGACUGUGGCCAGUGCUUCAGCCAGCGGCUCAAGCUCACGCGCCACCAGCGCACGCACACCGGCGAGAAGCCGCACCGUUGUGCCGACUGCGGCCUGGGCUUCGCCUGCGAGGGGCUGCGCAAGCGCACAACACAGGCCCGGCAAGAAGAGCCGAAGCGGGUAGGCGACGGAAAUAUCCGAAGCGGCUGGUCGCCCGAGACCGUUGCCGACCUCCGCGCCGAGCCGCAGAACCCCAUCCUCCUCCAGUACGCUGCCGCCACUGCGGCUGCCGCCUACCCUUUUUCCAACCUGAGCCGCAGCCCCCUCUCGGAGGGAGCAGUGCAGCCUCAAGACUUAGCAAGCCCCGCGCCCGAAGCUGCAGCCGGGCCUCGCAAAACCUGA